AUGGAAUUGGUUGUCCAAUCCCUUCUCGGAGGUCCACUAGAAGGUCUUUCAAACCAUUUACAAACUCUACACGAGUCACAAGUUGUGUUGAUCGCUAGAUUGAAGAUUUUGGAAGAGAAAUUGAGAAAAUACAGUGACCAACUGACAAUCGAUAUCGAUGUCAAGGGAACAAAUGAAAGGCUACACAUUGUCAAGAAAAAGCUUACAAAGAUACAGUCAACGCUGAAAAUAGUCGAAGAUAGAUUUGAAAAGCUGAGUACAAAUAUCAAGUGA